CCUCCAUCACUAAUCUCUUCCCUCGCAACACACUCCGCCGCUGCGUCGCUCCUCUGUCGCCAAUAUCCCCGUCUCGCCUCCGCAGUGACUCGAGAUAAGACAUUGUGUCUACCCCCCCCCCCCCCACACACACACACACACACACACACACACACACACACACACAAACGCGUUUACACGCGCGCGUGCAGGACGUCUAGUUUUGGGGGGCUUCUCUUCUUCUGCGCGUGAGAUUUCGGACUGCGCACUGAUCACUUUGGAUUUAUUUCUCAGAGGAGGACGCGGUUGGACUUAGUUUGUUCCUCGCGCGGCUUCUGGUCUGGACUGUGGACUUAACUGGGUCGCCUUGUGGACUACGGAGAUCCGGACGAGGUUGGUCCUUCAAGCUGGAGCGUCGUCCCCCUGCGACCCUGACUCCAACCCGGCCCACAGCGCACAACGGGGGGUCCGGAAGACCGGGAUUAGGAGCCCAGGGGCCGCGGGAACGCUAGUCCACACCAGGGCUCUCGGGAUGGGGGCCAUCGCCGACUCUGGCGCCGUGCAAGCUUCUGGCCUCGGCCGGGGGGCAGUCGCCCUGCGGCGGGCCUGAUCCACACCUCAAGGGGGCAGGCCGCACCUUAAGGGAGAAUUCCGCACCUUAAGGGAGGCAGGCCGCUCCUGCAGGGAUCUGGCUGCACCGUAAGGGAGCAGGCUGCACUUUACGGGAGCCCGCCGUAUUUUAAGGGAUAAGGCCGCACUUUAAGGGAGUAUUCCGCUUCUUAGGGAGCCUUCAGCACCUUAAGGAUCAGGCAGCACCUUAAGGGAUCCUGCCGCACCUUCAGGGAGCAUUCUGCACCUUCAGGGAGCAUUCUGCACCUUAGGGGAGCAUUCCGCACCUUAAAGGAUUAGUCCGAAGGAGGGACCCCAUCCCAGCUCGAGGCUCCAAAACCCGGGCGGGAUCAUGCUGUCACCAUGGUACCCGUCGCCGACGUUCCACCCGCUGCUCCGUCUUGGGCUCCUGCUCGCCUCGCUCUGCCUGGCAGCCGGCGCCGUCACCCAGCAGCACCCCGUGGUGACCACCAACUACGGCAAGCUGCGGGGCGUGAAGGUCACCCUGCCCAAUGAGAUCCUAGGCCCCGUCGAGCAGUACCUGGGGAUCCCGUACGCCCUGGCGCCCACCGGGGAACGCCGCUUUCAGGCCCCCGAGCCCCCCAUGUCGUGGCCGGGGAUCCGGAACGCCACGCUGUUUGCUCCAGUCUGCCCGCAGUACCUAGAGGACCGGUACCUGCUCAACGACAUGCUGCCCGUCUGGUUCACGGCCAACCUGGACACGGUGGUGACGUACGUCCAGGACCAGAGCGAGGACUGCCUCCACCUCAACAUCUACGUGCCCACUGAGGACGACAUCCAUGACGAGAAUGGGCUGAAGCCGGUGAUGGUGUACAUCCACGGGGGCUCCUACAUGGAGGGCACCGGCAACAUGAUCGACGGAAGCAUCCUGGCAAGCUACGGCAACGUCAUCGUCAUCACUAUCAACUACCGCCUGGGGGUGCUCGGCUUCCUGAGUACGGGCGACCAGGCGGCCAAGGGGAACUAUGGUCUGCUGGACCAGAUCCAGGCUCUCCGCUGGGUGAAGGAGAACGUCUCCGCCUUCAAGGGCGACCCCAAGAGGGUGACCAUCUUCGGCUCCGGGGCGGGGGCCUCCUGCGUCAGCCUGCUCACCCUGUCACACUACUCUGAGGACCUCUUUCAGAAGGCCAUCAUUCAAUCCGGCACGGCCCUCUCCAGCUGGGCCGUCAACUACCAGCCGGGGAAGUAUACGCGCGUGCUGGCCGAGAAGGUGGGCUGCAACAUGCUGGACAGCAUUGACCUGGUGGAGUGCCUGCAGAAGAAGUCCUACAAGGAGCUGGUGGAGCAGUACGUCACCCCCGCCAAGUACCACAUCGCCUUCGGGCCGGUCAUCGACGGUGACGUCAUCCCAGACGACCCUCAGAUCUUGAUGGAGCAGGGCGAGUUCCUCAACUAUGACAUCAUGCUGGGCGUCAACCAAGGGGAGGGGUUUAAGUUCGUGGACGGCAUCGUUGACUCCGAGGACGGCGUCUCUGCCAACGAUUUCGACUUCGCCGUGUCGGACUUCGUGGACCAUCUCUACGGAUACCCCGAGGGGAAGGACACCCUCCGCGAGACCAUCAAGUUCAUGUACACGGACUGGGCGGACAAGGAGAACCCGGAGACGCGCCGGAAGACGCUGGUGGCACUGUUCACGGACCACCAAUGGGUGGCGCCGGCGGUGGCCACGGCCGACCUCCAUGCGCAGUACGGGUCGCCCACCUACUUCUACGCCUUCUACCACCACUGCCAAAGCGACAUGAAGCCCAGCUGGGCCGACUCGGCGCACGGAGACGAGGUCCCGUAUGUCUUCGGGAUCCCCAUGAUCGGACCGACCGACCUGUUCAACUGCAACUUUUCCAAGAACGACGUGAUGCUCAGCGCCGUGGUCAUGACCUACUGGACCAACUUCGCCAAGACUGGCGACCCGAACCAGCCGGUCCCCCAGGACACCAAGUUCAUCCACACCAAACCCAACCGUUUCGAGGAGGUGGCCUGGACCAAGUACAACCCCAAGGACCAGCUGUACCUCCACAUCGGGCUGAAGCCACGCGUCCGCGACCACUACCGUGCCACCAAGGUGGCCUUCUGGCUGGAGCUGGUGCCGCACCUCCACAACAUCAACGACAUCAUCCAGUACGUCUCCACCACCACCAAGAUCCCCCCGCAGGACACCACGCCGUACCCUUACACCAAACGCUUCCCGGGGAAGAACAACUGGCCCUCCACCACGCGGCACCCGGGGCUCCCGCCGGCCAACACCAAGCAGGGCACGGACCAGCGGAAGGGCGGGAACGACAACGGCGAUCCCGGCGACGGGUCAGCGGUGGUCAUCGAGACGAAGAGGGACUACUCCACGGAGCUGUCGGUGACCAUCGCAGUGGGUGCCUCGCUCCUCUUCCUCAACAUCCUGGCCUUCGCCGCACUCUACUACAAGAAGGACAAGCGGCGCCACGACUCCAAUCGCCGGCUCCCCACGGUGCCGCAGCGGGGCGGGGAGUGCGGCGGGAGGGGCCUCGGGCCCGGCUCGGCCGCUGCCGCCGCCGCGGCUUCCGCCGGCACCAACGAUGUGGCGCACCUGCAGAGCGAGGAGCUGAUGAGCCUGCAGAUGAAGCAGCAGCAGCAGCAGCUGCUUGAGCACGAGCACCUCCAGGAGCACCUGCAGGAUCAACUGCACCUGCAGGUGCAGCAGCAGCAGCAGCACCUGGAGUGCGGCGUGGCUCUACAGGCUCACGACGCGGCUCUGGCGCGGCUGGCGUGCCCGCCAGACUACACACUGACGCUGAGGCGCUCGCCGGACGACCUGCCCUCCAUGAUGGCGCCCAGCACCAUCACCAUGAUCCCGGGCUCCCUGGGCGGCAUGCAGCCACUGCACAACACCUUCAACACCUUCGGCGGAAGUCAGAACAGCACCAACCUGCCCCACGGACACUCCACCACCAGGGUAUAGCUCCACCCCCGGAGGGGCCUGGAGGAGGAGGUCCAGGUGGGGUCUGGGACCGGGUGGACUAACCGACGCAGGGGGGGUUUGUAGUUGGACGUGGAGACCCUGGAUGGGGUAGGACUGGAUGAAGGGUGGAGAGAAGAUUGGGGUUGGAUGGAGCAGGAGAAGGGGGUUGUUUUGAGGUAGGGGAGAAUGGGUUGUUUGGACGCGGAGACCCUGGUUGGCCGGGGUUGGAUAUAGGGCGGAGAGAAGGCUGGGGUUGGAUCGCGAUGAGCAGGGGAUCGUUUUUCUACCCUGAUUCCCUGGUUUGGGUGAGGUUAGCAGCUGGAGGAGAAGGGGUCUGGAUUCAGGAUUGCAGGAUUCGGCCAGCACAAAAUUUACAUGGAAAACUGGGACUUGGACGUGGGUUGGGAGCGAGAGGAGAGACCAAGAGCUACGAGGACUUUGAGGUCUUUGGGGCUUUGGAGGUCUUUGGGGCCUGGGAGGGUCUCGGAGGGUGAGAUGUUAUUUUACUACCACGCCUUCUCAGUGAACCAUGCCUGUAUCCUCACAGUCUUCUGGAACAGACCAGGUCUAGACAUCAGAGGGACGGCCGCAUUCAGAGUCACGUCCGGGAGGCACAGGGUCUGGCCCCCCUCUCCAACCCAACUUUUAUGUUGAACUUAUUUCGCCACGGAGAGUUUGACCAAAAGAUUGAAAUUAUCGCCGAAGGGGAAAACCUUACAAUCACACACUCCUGCUCACAAGGAGUCUCAUUACUGUGGCCAUUUUGUGCCAUGAAACAGAUGUGUGUAUAUAUAUAUAUAUAUAUAUAUAUAUAUAUAUAUAUAUAUAUAUAUAUAUAUAUAUAUAUAAACAAUCCGAAGUGGACAGGGGCAGCGGCAAUCUUUUGAUUAUCGCUCCGCUACUGAGACAGUAAUGGACAACCGAGACAGUAAUCCGAUAAAGGAUCUAUAUGUUGAAUAUUAAAUAUCGACCGGGGCGAAAACUUUCAAAAUGAAAAUCACCCCCGGGGGCCUGAAAUGUAUUUAUGAAACCUUUUUAAAGAACAAAAAAGUAUAUAGUUGUGAGCAGGGGUUUAAUGAAAAAAGUUUAAAGAUAUCAAAAGAGCUUUUAUUGUUGUUGAUUUUGUUUUUGAUUUAUCGGUUGAAUCCCUGUGCUUUUCCGCUCGCUGUGUGUGUGUGUAAAUAUCCGUACUUUAAAUGUUAUGAUUUUAUCGGAAUUACAACUUUUUCUAUGUUUUUUAUUUUCCGUGUUUUUUUUCUUAUUAUUUUAACCACAAAAUGGCCGAAACGCAAAAACAAUCCCCAUUUAAUGAGGACGCACAUUUUAACACGACUUUUGGCGGUCGGCUGUUCUGGGCAAAUAAUGAUAUUUAUAAAAAGUUCAUGAUUGAGCGUUCAACAUCAUCGUUCUUCGCGUAAAAUCAUACUUGCAUGCCCCGAUAAAAACUUUUGGAUUUUCUUCUUCUUCUGAUACUGUUGGACACCCCUCUACUCUUAAAACAGGACAUGGUAUGAUCCUAUCCCCCACACACACAUACCCACGUACUAGACUUUUCGGCGGUCUAAUUUUGUAUGGUUUCAUUUUUCCUUUUUGUCUUGCUAUCGAAACACUGCCUCAGCUUAACUUAACUUAACUGAAAUGUGGCCCGCUAUGUUUUAUUUGGAAACCGACAAAGAAAAAAAAACAAAGCAAUGAAUUUUUUUGUUUAGCCUAAUUUGAAUACGUUUGUAAAAGAGGUAUAUGUUAGAUAUUUCAAAUUGUCAUUUGCUAGCAAUAUGUACAUGUGCCGGCUUGUGAUAUUUUUGGGGUUAUGGAAGCAAGUGAAUGAUUGUAAAUAUUAAUGACAUUAUUAUAUAAAAAGUAUGGAGGAAAGUAAAACUAACUCUUUUUAAUUCUGCAUCCUUUGUCGACAAAUUAAGCCAAAAAAAAGAGAUUUCAAUCGACAUUUGUCAAUUCUAUAUGAGAUAUUCUGUUGAGCCCUCAGUUUGGUCAGGAUUUAAAGGGUUUUAUUGUAGAGUUUGGAAGAUUCCUUAGUUUGUCUUCUGAUAUUUGUUUGCAGUUUUGCCUUAAGUAAUAUCAAUAAUAUCUGUGGCUGGACAGCUGUAUAAACUUUUUCUGCAGCAUUUUUAAUAAAAUAUUAAAGUAUUUUCUAAAAAACGACAA